AUGGUCAUUGAAGAUCUGCAACAGAACCCGGAUGAUAAGACAACACGAGCAUCUGCGGCGGCGUUCAUGGAUCAAGUGAUCACGACGUAUGGUGCAUCCGUGCCUCGCGAUCCCUAUAACGGCACCACCUACGCCAUCAUUGCUGAGUGGUCUCUCAAGCUUGAGCGGGAAGAUAUCUACCACAAAUGUGCACGGAAAGCUAUAUCGGCACGCGACUGUCAGCCGUUGAUUCAGCUGAUCGCACGUCAUGUAAAUGCCCAGUCGUCUGAUGCCGAGUUCAAAGGCUGGGAUUUCUGGCUUGCAGAAUUCCUGGAGUACACUGGGGAUCUGGAAUGGAUGGAGACGCUCCUCGGAACGCUCAAGUCUCUCAUCGAGAGCAAUACCUUGCUUGAAUCGCUUUCAGUUUGGCAGGGAACGCUGUUGUCACGGCAGCUGGACCACAAACAAUCCUUCGGAUUGCCAGACCAAGCAUUCCUGUACCAGGUCUUUGGCGUAAUCGUGGGAGGCUCCGGAUCUGAAAUGUUGAAAAGCAGUUGGAUAUAUGCCAUUGCAGAACGUGGGCACAAACAUCUGCUAUAUCGCAUUCUAAUAGAUCUGCUGCGCCAGAGGCCAAACAAUCCAACAUUGGAGGCAACAUAUAAAGACAUAGGGGAUGUCAUAUUGCGCGAAUCUAUCCCCAAGUUGUGUCUGGAGAUGUCCGACUUUCCCAUUGGAUACGCGAAUACAUAUUCAUGGAAUGCACCCAUCAAUACCGCAACAAAGCCGGCCGCAGACGGCAAUCACGCUGCUAAAUUCCUCAAGCUUGUCGACUGCUGUUUUGAGCGAGGUUAUGGCUCAAUAGCCAUGGAGUUGAUGGAAACAAGCUGCACUAACAUAUUGUCUGGUCACUUGCCCAGAAAAGAGUCGAUGCAAACUGAGCCUAUGCAAUAUUUCUUGCGCGAAACUUGCACCAUUUUUCUGAACCAUAAUAUACCCUUUUCGCCCAUCAUCAAGCAGCUAUGGAAGGCACUGUUGCGAGAAUAUCUCUGGAUGUGCGACCCGACUCCACCGCAGCAGCUCAGCGGUCUAGCCCACAGACCACGGGGAUGUCAAUCUCCCUCGUGUGCAGAUUGCCAAAGCCUGGACGCCUUCUUGGUCUCCCCAACUGAGCGAGUCUUUGAGUUACAAGCGCCCCAGAAACGGCGGGAGCAUGUCGAGUAUCGUCUAACGCGGGGGACCUUCAGAAUUCAUACUGAGACCAAACCACAAAGAGGACAUGCUCACAUCCUUGUUGUCACAAAGAUUCCAGGCAGAGAAUAUGCCGAUGACUACAAGGUCUACCAGCAAAGACUAAGUGAGGUUCACCGUCGCCUACAGCCACUGCGACAAGAGUCUGUUCGACAAGCUAUUGGGGAUGGUUCGUACUCCAGACUUGUGUUGCUUGAGCCGGCAUCUAGUGUCCAAGCAGGAAUUUAUCCUCCGGCAUCAGGACAGAAGAGAGGAGCCCUUGAUGAGCUUGAGAACCAACGCCCCGCAAAGAUUCGAUCAGAAAAGCCUUGA